AGCUCUCUGCUCUGCUGAAGAAGUAGAAAUGGGCAGGAGAUCCCCCGUCGCUUUCUUCGUGGUCCUGUGGGCCAGCCAAGCGGGGACGUGGGCGGCAGGACGCUCCAAGGUGAACCCCAGGAUCAUCACAGCUCCGCAAGGUGUGAAAGAGUAUGUGCUGCCCAGGAGUGAGAAGUACCCAGUCUUCUACCACGAGGAAAACAGCUCAGCCAUCUACAUUGGGGGCGAGGGGAGGCUUUACUACUACGACUUUGCCACCUCUGAGAACUACACGGAAGAAUUCCCAGUGAAAAAUGAAGGCCAGUGCAUGAUGCCUGGAAGUUUGGAGGACAAUAAGAAUUACCUCACCUUGGUGGAGAAGUAUGGAGAUGUGAUGUUAGUCUGUGGCACCGGUGCCUGCGCUCCCACCUGCUGGAACUUGACACAGAGGAAGGAGAGCACUCCGUGGGAUGGGAGAGGCAUUGCACCCUUCACCCCUGACUCCAACACCCUGGUGGUGGUUGAUGGUGCUGACAUCUACUCCACCAUCAAGAAGAGCCAGCAGAACGGCAAGAUACCGCGGUUCCGGCGCGUCAGGGGCGGGGGGGAGCUCUACACCAGCGACACAGUGAUGCAGAACCCUCAGUUUGUCAAAGCCACCACCUUAAGGCAUGAAGAGCCUCACCAGGACAAGAUUUACUACUUCUUCCGUGAAGAUAACCCAGACAAGAGUCCUGAGGCUCCCAGGAACAUCUCCCGAGUGGCCCAGCUGUGUAAGGAAGAUAAAGGGGGAACCAGUUCACUCUCUGCUUCCAAGUGGACCACCUUCCUGAAGGCCACUUUGAUUUGUGUUGACCCAGUCACCAAGGGCAACUUCAACUGGCUGCAGGAUGUCUUCUUCGUCCCGGCGAGGGACUGGCGCCGCUCCAAAGUCUAUGGCCUCUUCACAAACACCUGGGGAAGCUCUGCUGUUUGUGUCUAUUCCUUUGAGGACAUUGACAAAGUGUUUCAGACCUCCAGACUCAAAGGCUAUAAUGGUCCCAACCCAGAGAUCAAGCCUGGGCAGUGUGUUUCCUCUGGGCAGCACACCCCCAGUGAGACCUUCAAGAUAGCAGACAGCCACCCCGAGGUGGAGGAGCGUGUGGAGCCCCUGUCCCCCACCAAGAGCCCCUUGUUCCACAACAAGCACCGCUACCAGAGGAUCGGGGUGCACGAGGUGGCCGCGGGGGAUGGACGCCGCUACAACGUCCUCUAUCUGGCCACAGACAAGGGAUCCAUCCACAAGAUCGUGGAGCUGCCAGAUGGGGUGCAGAACAUCAUGGAGCUCCAGGUCUUCCCAAAGAAGGACCAAAUCCAGUCCAUGAUCCUGGACCACAAAAGGGCCAUGCUCUACGUUGGCUCCAGCAGGAAGGUGGUGGAGAUCCCCAUGGACCUGUGCCGGCUGUACCGCGCCAGGUGUGACAGCUGCUUGCUGGCCAGGGACCCCUACUGCGGCUGGCUCAACGGCACCUGCCAGUCGGUCUACCUGCGUCGGGAGGUGCUUCAGAACCUGAACCUGGACCCCUGGGGAGGAAAGUGCCAAAAGGAAGAUGUGAAGGAAGACGACUACCAGAACAUCACCGUGCUGCCCUUCUCCCGCUACUUCCUCAACUGCCCCAUCGAGUCCCACUACGCCACCUACAACUGGUACCACAACGACAGCCUCAUCAAGACCUGCAACACCACCCACCCCCAGCAGGACUGCUUCCACUUCAUCCAGAACGUCAGCCACCUCCACUUCGGCCACUACCUCUGCGUCUCGGAGGAGGACGGCUUCCGGCAGGCCCUGGUGAAGGAGCGCCUGCUGGACCAGCUCAGGUUCAUGUCCCAGAAGGGCCAGGCUGCCAUCACCCUGGGCUCUUGGCUGCAGCUGCUCCUCACCGUGCUCUUGCUGGAGCUCUUCCACUGA